ACGUGAAAGAGGAAGCAACAACAAAAAAUAAAACAAAAACAGCACAAAAUGUCCGCGGUCCGAGCCCGCGUGCAAGCGAGACGGCAGCGGAGGCACACCGACAGCGAAGGAACCAGCAGCGCCAGCGGCCGAACGACAAGGACGGACGGGUCCUAUGGGGUCCCUUGUGUUUGCCCACAGCUUCACCGAGCGGCAUGCGCUUGCGUUUCCGGCAGUGUUUGUCGACCGCACGAAGGUAGCGGAUGGUACAGAGCGCACCGUAUCGGUACUACGGACGAAAAAGUGUCGCAGAGGCGAGCGAGCGCCUGCGAGCCUACACGACGACUCCUACCUCAUCUACCUAUCUGGCAACGGGUGAGGAGUGGGAGGGGGGGAAAGAAGUGGACGAAGUUCUCGGGACUGUCUUGGGGCAUGGGGGGGCAGCCUUUGGAGCCGCUGAUUGCUGGACGUCGGUGGACAGGGUCGUCGCAAAUGUACUAGGCCCUAACUCAGAAGAGCCCUUUAUACAAAUACACAGUGUAUGUGUGCGAGUGUGAGUAUGUGUGUUGUGUAAGAAAACUGAUCUCAUAAUCAUGUUGGAGCAGCAGCAGUAGUGCUGUGUGUGUGUGGGAGUGUCGCAAUCCCGAAUUGCGUCGCAAGUUGCAACUGUGUCCUUAGUUCGGACUUUGGAGUGCUUCUGAAGGAACCUAACCGCGAAGAGGACGCGAAUUGCCUGGAACGCCCGGAAGGACUACAAAUCCCGAUCCAAUCAAAUUCUGACACUAGGACGCCAUCUUGAAAUCGAUGUCAGUGCCAGUGUGAGCCAAUAUUCGUUUUUUUUUAAUUGUCGCGUUGUUUUGUUGGGUCCCCUCCCGAAAUUCCCAGCACGCAGUGGUAAUGGUAUCUCUGCUCCAGAAGAGCGUCCGACGGUAUUGUUGUGAAUUUUGUCCUAGUGGAGUGAACUAAAGUGUGUGUGUGUGUGUGUGCCUCUUCUGUAUCCAUUUUAAAAAAAUCCUCGGCAGCGUGAUGCAGCGUUCGCUGUACGUGACGCCGAGCUGCGGUGGUUCGUCCGUUACGAUACCUUCCCUGCUGACCACACUGAGCAGUCACACCGACCAGCAGCAGCAGCAGCAGCAGCUACAGCAGCACCAGCAACAUUACAGUGUCGUCACGCCAAUCGAUACGAUCACGCUGGAGGCAAAUCUCGGCAGUCCGACGGGGCGUAGUGCGCUCAAGCGCAAGCUGCCCAUCUCCGAGCUGGAGGACCACUACCCGGUGUCGGUGACGGUGGCGGCACCGUACUCCUCCACCCUGGCCGACGGAACCGGCCCGCUCGGGACGAAGCAGCGCAAGGAUGUGGAGCAGGGCGGUGGCAUUGGCGUCGAGCUGCACGAGUUCCCCGCGUUCGGGCAAGCGUUCCAGGGCGUAUCGGGCAUUGGGCAGUUCUACGUGAUUGGACCGAACGACACGAACAACAACAGCUCGGCAAACCCGCUCAGCGAUGCGGAAGGCGAUCCACAUCACCACCACCACCACCACCAACACCACCAACACCAUCAUCAUCAGCAGCAGCAGAAUCAUCACCAUCAUCACCAUCACCAGCUGGCGACGUACAUCUACGACGUGCCGGGCACGAUCGAGACGGAAGCGACGGAGGUCAUCCCGAUCAGCGAGCACCACCUGACCUCGACCGUGCUGGCCCCGGUCGGCAGCGACGUGGUACACCACACGAACGGAGGCAUCGUGCUGACCGACAUCAGCUCCUCCACGUGGACCAGCACGGCCGAGCUGCUCGAUCUCGACCGGAAGGCGGCCGGUGUGGCCGCGACCGUGCCGACGAACGUGCACCACCAUCGCUACUCCAUCGUCAGCACCGAGCAUCAGCACCAUCAGCAGCUACCGCCCCAACAUCAACAAACCACCCAUCAACAACAACAACAGCAGCAGCAGCAUCACCAUCAUCAGCAACAUGCGCAUCUUACCUCACACCAUCAUCAUCAGCAGCAGCAGCAGCAGCACCAUCAUCACCAGCCCUACCAGCCGUUGCAUACACACCAUCAACCUCAGCAACAAUCGACAUCCUCGCCGUCCUCUCCCCGACCGCCACCCACUCUCCCUCCGCCUCCACCUCCUCCUCCUCCGCCACCACCGCCACCGCCAUCAGCUCCCGCGACGCCCACAUCCUCCGCCGACACCCACGUGCACACCCAUCGCAACAAUCAAGAAUCAGUGAAUCAGCAGUUUGGCGGCGGCGGCGGUGGUGGUGGUGGUGCUGGAGGCAGCGGUGGCAACACCAGCCCGUACAACAAUGGCAUCAACAAUCAGAGCUGGCCGAAUGCCGGCGAGCCCGGCCCAAGGUCCACGGACGGGGGGAGCCCGCGGCGUGCCGACUCGACGACACCGGCCACUGCCGGGCUGACGCUCACGAACGGCAUGAAGACGCCCGAGCGAUUAGGUAAGGACACUGGACUAUUAAUCCACGGGAAGAAAUUGCAUCCUCCUAGUUUCCCCUCUCUCUCUUUCUCUCAUUCCUCCCCUUUUGCAGCAUCACAAACCCCCGACACACCAGAAGACUGCAAGAAUCUGUCAUGGCUGCUCAACUUCAAGCUCGACGACAUCCCGAACCUGUCGCCCCGCUCCAACCGGAAGCAGCGCUCGAAGGGAGCGUUCGGGUCGGGACCGGGUGGGGCGAACCAGGACGGCGGUGCCCUCGUUGGCAGUGGUGCCGCCGGUGCCACCGGUGGUAGUGCUGGAGCGGGCGGUGGCGGCGGCAGUGGCGGCCUGGGUCCCGAUUCUGGCACGGUGGCGAUUGAGGAGGGCGAUCUGAACGUCGGCGAGAAUGUGACGAUCGAGAGCAGCAACGGAAAGUCACCGAAGAAGCCGCCCUUCACCUACACCGAGCUGAUAGAGUACGCGCUGGAGGAGCAGGGCGACCUGACGGUGGCAGCAAUCUACCAGUGGAUCUCGGACCACUUCCCGUACUACAAAUCGCACGACGAUCGCUGGAAGAACUCGGUCCGCCACAACCUCUCGAUCAAUCCGCACUUCCGCAAGGGUCGCAAAUCGUCGCACGGUUCCGGCCACCUCUGGACAAUCUCGAGCCGCAACUCGGAGGACAACUUUCUCGCCUGGGAGCAUAAAAAGCAACGCUUCGAGUGGUUCUUCAAGAUGGAGGCGAACGCACGCCUGCGGGAGGUCGGCACGAGUGACACGAUGACAGAUGCGGAGGUCGCCGCUGCAACGGCCAGCCUCGCACAGUACGUGCCGAAAUCGCCGGCCACCACCGGUUCGCCGGUAAGUCAGUGUCUGGAAACGAUCAACGCCGCUGCACAGGAACCGCAUCGACAGCAUCUGUCUCACACGAUGCAGCAGCCGGCCCAACAUCAGCAACAGCAGCAACAUCAGCAGCAUCAUCACCAUCAUCACCAUCAUCACCAUCCGCAGCAGCAGCAGCAGCAGCAGAUAACGACGACGUACCAUGAGGCGCAGACGCUGUACGCGGACCUCAUCACCGGCGCGCAGUUUAAGGUGACGGCCAGGACGGAGCAGGAGCUAAAGCAUCCGGACGAGGACGCAUUCAAUGGAAUACGGCGCGGUGCUGAGAUACAGAUCGAACGCCCCACGCAAACGAUCCAAACGUACGAGAUGCUCGAUUCUGCGGAGUACAACAUUGCCGACUACCUGAACCCGGUGCCGAAGGAGGAGAUCGUGCAGGAGUGUGGGCUGCGCUCGGUCGCACUCGAUCCAGCCGAGCUCGGUAUUAACAUCCCGUCGGCGAGCGGCCAGGACGACGACAUUCUGUUCGACGACUUCAAUCUCAACUACUUCGGCAACAACAUCAUGACCUGACGACGUGCCGCACUGCAGGAGGAGCAGGAGCAGCAGCAGCAGCAGCAGCAGCCUUCCACAAUACUGCUCGCUCCCCUGCUCGAGCCAGUCUUUGCCAUGGGCCACCAGUCCGUACCGAUCGACGGUACGGUGCAGCAGAUCGUUGCCAUGCUACCGACGACCGUCGUCGCUACGGCAGUCUCCACCAGCGCGCAAGGCGACGAACCUUCGCCGGCCUAGUGAGUGCUGGGAGAGACGAAGCGACCAGGAGACGAGAUGCAUACACAUAACCCCCUCAGACAGGCACCUGCUCCGAUGGAUCCUAGAGUCUAACGUUCCCCGUUUCCGUUCGCUCCACAGGUUUAGCAAUGCAGCAGCAAUGCAGGAAAGGUUAACGCGAUUACUCGUUAUUAGUUUGUGCCAUACGUAUAUUACGCCCGUUAGUUGAACGUGUUGUGCCCUUUGUGUGUGUGUGUGUUGUGUGUAUGUGCGUACGUGUGCGUGUGUGUGUGUGCAAUUUGAAAUGUAUGUUUGAAUUAUCGCAAAUCCCCCGACAGGGACUGCAGCAGCAAAAGUUUCAUAUACUUAAUACAGUUUAAAAUAACAAAAAAAACAACAACGAAGCUGCAGCACCUUCCCUUCUGGUGGUGCACGCAGCUGGUCCGCGGAAGCUUUUCGUUUAAUCUACUCAUUGUUCUAGUCAAAAGUAACAAUUUACCAAAAAAUAACAAAUAAACAAAAAACGAAGCGCCUCGCUCACUGUCUCUCUUUCUCUUUCGAGCAAAGUGUGUGCGUGUGUGUGUGUGUGUGUGUGUGUGUGUGUGUGUUGUGCACGUGUCUGUGCGUUUAAAAAUCACAUCCACACAUACACAAGGAACAAUCAAUAUUUUAGUAGCGUUAUCCCUACGAUCACUCCUUACCUUAGCACCUGGAGCAGCGCACUCACACACACGCACUUUCCAAAAAGAGGAAAUUUUUUAACAUAAGCAUCGGGAGCAGAAGUGAUUAGGGCAAACAACCCAUCCCAGUGCCAUUCGUACACAUCCUGCUCUCUCUAUCUCUCUCUCUUUCUCGUUUAGACAUUAAUCGUAAUUAAAGAAAGAACUCUCACACACACGUGCACACCAAAAAUGGUUCACACAAAAUCGACCGCUCGCCGGAGCGUAUUUCCCAUUGGAUUUAGCUAUUUCGUACUUCUCUAGCUCUAAUGAAUUCAACCGAAUCGAAUGCAAAUUGUUGUUGUUUUUUUGCAAACAAUGGCAAGAAAAGAGAAAAGAAAAACCAAACGCUACUCCUCCGGCAGUCAACCGAUGCCUCCCGGCAGCACGUGGUGAAGCACGUGGCGCAGGGUUCGGAGGAUUUGGCGCCCAACAAAUUGUAAAUCGCAUUCCCUCUGGCACAUACCUAAAGUUCGUUCUUAACACACACAACAAAACAAAACAACAAACAAACAAACCCCCAUGCGAGGAAGAAUAUAUGUAAACAUAUAGAGACUUAUAAUACGACUUAUAAUGCUUUACUCUCAAUUCUUUUAUACUUCACAAAGAAAGAAAACACUGGACAACAAAAUAUGAUUCGACAAAGGCGCGCGCAUUCCUUUUCACCGUUUUCUCAAUAGUCGACAAAAUUCUAAAUAUUGAAACAUUUCAUAACGCUUCGUGAAAUGUUUCCUGCGUUACAGCUUGAAUAAUAACUCUGUCACGAUGGGCGUAAUAGUUUAACAAAGGUUAAUUAUGAUCGGUAAAAGAAUAAAUUCGUGUUCUACGCCCUGUCGCUUGGUUGGAUUUUAGCUCCGUUGCUCCGUAGUCCCUAAUUAAUUCGAACCUAUUUUCCUAUCCACUAGAGUGUGAGCGACGAAUUCUAUAUACGUUAUUUCUCCUUAGUAAGCAACAGGAUCGUUCGAUUUUCGUACCGUAUAGUAAAGUUCAACAGCCGCGGCGUUUGCCUCCACGCUAUCAACGUUUUGACGAAACGUUCUUAAAUAAUACUUCCCUACUGGCAGUGCGGUGCAGAUGCAAAAUGGAAAAAAACCGCCGCUGCAGUUCAAUGUAAACCGCACACGAGGUAUAAACGUCAUCGCUUCCCUACGCUGUGAGCUGUCAAAGGCUGUCCGCAGCGACCUGUGGCGCUACAAAACCAAACGCAAUCCUAUAAAAAAGCCGUUAUAGCUCAGCGUUACUAUCUGCUCAUCGGGCCUGUCUGUGUGUUACUGCAGCCGACACAAUUGGUUUUUGAUUGUUUCACAAUGCUAAACAAAAUCGAUAAAGAUGUAACAAACCCUCUAAAUGAAUUAUAAUGAAUGAAUUAUAAUGAAUUAGCAAAAUAAAAAAAAAGCUGUUCGUCAAGUGUGGCUUCGAUAAUCGAAGCAAAUAAUUCCUCUCACCGAUGCGCCGAUUGAAAACCGCAACGAUCAGCAAAGUUCUCCUAAAUGCAUUCAUCUAAAAAAAUAUACGGCCUGCUACGUUACUUCACACUACUUCAACCAUCUAGUUCUACCUUCACCCCCCCCCCCC